UAUUUUUUUUUUCAGUUCGUGAUCGUUCUUUCCCUGGCUGUUGCCGCUUCCGCCGGAGUCCUCCCGUACGCUAAGGUUGCAUACGCCGAGCCUGAGGCGCCAGCUCACUACGAGUUCAAUUACUCCGUCCACGAUGAGCACAAUGCUGACGUGAAGCAGCAGCAGGAGUCUCGCGCCGGAGACGCCGUGCAGGGCUCGUACUCGCUCGUGCAGCCCGACGGUGUCCGCCGCAUCGUGCACUACACCGCCGACCACGAGCACGGCUUCAACGCUCAGGUCACCUACGAAGGCACCCCUAUCCAGCAAGCUCCCGCUAAGAUCGCCUACGCCGCUCCCAUCGCCAAGGUCGCCUACGCUGCCCCCAUCGCCAAGGUCGCCUACGCUGCUCCCGUCGCCAAGGUGUCCUACGCUCCUGCCGCCGUGUCCUACUCUCACGCUCCAGUUGCCUACGCCGCUCCCGUCGCCAAGGUCGCCUACGCCGCUCCCGUAGCCCACGUGUCCUACGCUUCCCCCGCUAUCUCCUACCACCACUAAGUUGUUACCUAGUUCCUACAGUUAACCAAGUUGUUAUAAUUAUGGAAUAGUCGCUAUUAAAUUAUUGAAUUCAG